UGUAGCCCUGUCUAUCUGGAUCAGUUGUUUAAAAGACCUUCAUUGACUUUCCAUUUGUUGACUUUGCUGGUGCCUCGGUUCUCAGUCUCUCAGCUCUCACCAUGAAUGUAUAUACAGCUGCGUAUAUACACCUUUUUUUUCUCCUCCUGCUUUCCUUGGCUUGCGCACUUUGCAUUUUCCCACAAGGCCAUUCAUGCGCUUUGAGCACCUCUUCUGACUCUUCUGCUCAAGCUUCCUCAUUCCUUUGGUGGAACGCACCGAAAGCUUGACGAGGAAAAGCACCAGGUAUCAUACGCUAGCUUGUUCCUACCAUCGCCCUAUCUCCUCUUUGCCCUUUUUUACUUCCUUCGUUCAGGCGCCGAUCAUUGGUUCACUACGUCCUCGAGAACCUGGGGACGGAUUUUGAGCAAUCUCACAUCAAGCCGGAUGCCUUUAAAAGUUUUCGACGAUACGUGGAAUGAAUUUGAAGCGUUCCAACACACGAAGUUCAACAGUGUGGUCGUCCUGGUUCACGAUGGAUAAAUUUACACUGCUGGAACUAGGUAGUAGUGCCCGAGUUCUACCCUCCAGAUCUUUCAAGCCAGUCUACUUGCAUUCGUGGGAUCAUCAAGUGAAGAGAAACAUCAUGAUAAGACGCUCUAUAGUUCCUGAAAGCGAAGAGGAAAUUUUGGAUUACUUCCAUAUGAAACACGUACAAGAGGACGAUGCCUUUGUGGCGAUUUCUUCAGAUCAUACAUGGAGCUUGCUCAACUCUUUUGAUGCGUUUAUACCCGUUGUAGAGACCGACAUAGACGCUGUGGGCUUGGUGACAGCGUGCAAAUCAAUGCUGGGGCGAUACAUGGAUCGGAGCAAAAUUGUUAUAGUGAUCACGCUCCAGAAAGACGCGCAUCUGGCCUUGAAGGAUCUGCCAAAUGGUCCAAAUGCUUGAUCAUCUUCUACUGCAGAGGAUACUAUAGCCUAAGGCUCAUCGUUUGUUCUUUUUUGCUGCUGCUAAAUCACUGGAUUCCAGUGGAGCAGACUCCCGAGACGCGUUUGGGCUCCUCCAAAAUCCAUGUGACGAAAGCGCGAUCAAAGUUUCAACAUCGCUGCGCUAUUGAGCUCACCAGAUCUAGACCGUGAGGAUGAGCGAGGAGGACAAAGAAAGCUUUCCAGCGAUCCAACCAGCGAGAGGAGGAUAGGGAGAUGUAACUUCGAGUGUUCUUCCAAGAGCGCAUCUAGGAAUCUAAUUUUGUCCAUAUCAAUCUCAUGUGGUUCCCGAAUUAUUAGGCACACUCCCACACUUUUGGGAACUCCUAGUCUUCCACGGUCGCCAUCACCGACGAGCGAGAAUCUCAAAGGAAUCUAGACUGGAGAAUGGGGGAUUUGACAAUGUGAUCCACGAGCAUAGGUAAGUGUGAGUGAUCUUACAGAGGAUCGAUCGAUCGAGCAAGGCAUCCGAGAGAGAUUUGCAUCAUGUACGUGGUGGAGGACAAAGGGGGCGCCAUCGCGCUCAUGCUCACGGCGCUCGUCUUCCUGGGGACAUGGCCAGCGAUCAUGAACCUGUUAGAACGAAGAGGGCGAUUGCCACAGCACACGUACCUCGACUACUGCAUCACCAAUUACAUUGCUGCCAUUGUCAUCGCGCUCACGCUCGGCCAGAUCGGCGAGAGUUCCACUCAGACUCCCAAUUUCCUGGAGCAGCUCAAGCAGGAUAACUGGCCGUCUGUUGGAUUCGCCAUGGCCGGAGGAAUCGUCCUGUGCCUAGGAAACCUCUCCCUCCAGUACGCGCUAGCAUACGUUGGUCUGUCGGUAGCCGAAGUUAUCUCGUGUAGCAUCACUGUCGUCGCUGGCACCACCAUGAACUACUUUCUCGACGAUCGGAUCAACCGGGCCGAGAUUCUCUUCCCUGGAGUCGCCUGCUUCCUGAUCGCUGUCUUUCUCGGCUCGGCGCUGCAUUCUUCCAACACCAAAGACAACCGAGCCAAGCUCGCGGCCGCAGAGCUUCUCAACAGCAAUGAUGGCUCCGGAUCUUCUUACAAAAGGCUGGACGUCGAGAUGGCGGCUGUGGAAACCAAGAACCAACCGGAGGAGGAGAACGGCACCUCCAAAACUGUCAAAGCUCAAGCUGGAACUGCCGAGUUCCUCGAUCAACUCGAGCACAAGCGAGCGAUCAAAAACACCACCUCCAACACCAUCCUGGGCCUGGGAAUCAUCUUCUUCGCAGGCGCUUGCUUCUCCCUCUUCAGUCCGGCUUUCAACGUUGCCACCAACGAUCAGUGGCACACUCUAAAGCCCGGAGUUCCCCGCUUGGUGGUGUACACUGCCUUCUUCUACUUCAGCACAUCCUUCUUCGUGCUCGCGCUCUUCCUCAGCCUUGUCCUCCUCUACCGCCCCGCCGUCGGACUGCCAAAGUCCUCCCUCACAGCUUACGUCGCGGAUUGGAAUGGAAGGCCGUGGGCAUUGCUCGCAGGACUCUUGUGUGGCUUUGGAAACGGGCUCCAGUUCAUGGGAGGCCAAGCUGCUGGUUACGCUGCUGCCGACGCUGUCCAGGCGAUGCCGCUGGUUAGCACCCUGUGGGGUGUGCUCUUUUUUGGCGAGUACAUUCGAUCGUCGCGAAGAACGUACAUGCUGCUGGCAGCCAUGCUUACAAUGUUUUGCAUUGCGGUGGCGGUUCUCAUGGCUUCCUCAGGCCACCGAAAGCAUUCCUGAGUAAAGUAUACGACAGUUAACUAUAAUCAUCUGAUAGAUCAAAACUAAAGAAAGAAGGGACACACGAAUUCAAGCCUUUGAGAUCUCAAUCAAAACUAAGAAAGAAGAAGAAGAAGAAGAAGAGAUGGACUUA